UGGAGAUGUCUUUAACCAGUUCCAAGAAGAACUCCCUCUCGUUGGUCUCCCUGAGGCGACACUUGUGGUCGGUGGCGGUGGACGCGUACUGUGGCACGCUGACUCUGGAUUCCAGAAGAGCGCUGAGGAUGUGCGCCGUGGUCCUGUGCGCCGUGGUGGCUUUGGACCGGGCGAAGUUGCGCCGAAGCUCCAUGUGAGACGACCUGCGCCGCAGAGCGUCCGGAUUGGCCGGCCACAGAGAAGGCUCCCUGGCCGGGGCGCCUCCGCGUCUCUCAUCGGCCGUGGUCACUUUAGGAGCCUGGUGCUCCCUCAGCCACCUGCUGAUGUGUUCACACUUGGCUUUUCUGACCAGAUACUCCUCGAAGAGUUCCGGGUGGCCGUCUAGAAACGCCUCCACGUCAGAGUAGUCCGAAGUCAUCACGCUGGGCUAGAUGUUGCGAGGAGGAAACGGCGCGCUCGCUCGAGUGCAGGAACAUGAGUGAAGCUGCACGGUGCGCUGAGGCUGCGCUGUCCUCCGAACAUGAAUCCAUUCAUUACCCAUGCGAACGCCAUCUUCUGAGCAACACAGUGGGAGGGGAGCGGAGAGCAGCUACAGCGGUCAUCGGGCAGGAGUUCAGCGAGGCCUCUUUUAUCAGCCCCCCAACAAGCCCGAAGGUCACUGCACUCGGCGAAACAAAAGAUGCAACAUACAGGCAUGAGAAUGAGACAAAAACGUUGGCAAAGACACCCAAGUUGACAGGAGACUUUAACUUCUCGGAUCGUCCGAAACCUACGAGGGGAGUACGGAAUGCCACGGGAGCAGUCGUACCCAAGGCCAAAAUCCACGAGGAGGCUUCCGAACGGACGAGUGGCAUGUUGAGGACUGUGGAUAGGAUGCGUUGGAGCACCACUUAUCAGAUGCACUACAGAGAUAAAGGGUUGCAGAACGCUUGCAAAACUGAUGACUUCGGGGGAAAUUCGUGCGAGCCCAAUGGGAGGACUAUCGAGGAGAUAAACGAAAGGAACCUAUUAGUAACCUUCACCAGAAAUGACAUUUUUGGGUGUCCCCCCCGACAUACGUCAUAAAACCACAACGGGGGAGAGAAUACAAGCCACGCCCUUUCAACUUUCGUCGGCUUCAUUCUUAAGUCCUAUUGGCUCUUAUCUGGAUCAACUACCAAGGCUCCGCCUUCUGCAUGCCGCGGUGAACAAAUGUUUUUUUUUUUUUUUCCCCUGUAUGAGUGGAAGCUAUGCUGGUGAGCGUGUCACGAACCAGAAGGGAGUCUGCUUGAUUCAACAUCUUCUUGUCAUUUUUGCUGCCUCUUUUAUUUGUGCCACCAUCUUCACCAGUACAUCUGUAACUCCCAUCACGAACCUGGAAAAUAUGACCUUCGGGAGAGUCCCUUAACCGUGUUUGGUGGUGAGCAAAUGUGUGUCACGCCAGGUGCAUGUGACUCACACCUCCUUGGGAGCUGUUAAACACUAAAGCAAUGUUGCUGCCACUUCAGUCCUAGUGUGCGGUGAGAUGGGCUCGGAGGAGUGCACUUCAGUUAUGUCGCAGAAGAUCUCCUUGUCCCGUAGCAACAGCAGCUCCUCAUCCAAACACGACAGUCGACAGGACAGCUGGGAAAUUGUGGAAGGUCUGCGGGGAGGCUUUAGCAGUGUCUCGGAGCUGCAGAAACAGGAAGGCUAUGUACUCAAGAAAAGAAAGUGGCCCCUAAAGGGCUGGCAUAAGAGAUACUUCUCCCUGGACAAGGGCAUUCUGAAGUACGGCAAGUGCAGCGCUGAUAUUGAGAAAGGGAAGCUUCAUGGCUGCAUUGAUGUGGGUCUGUCCGUUAUGGCCAUUAAGAAGAAAGCCAAGUGCAUCGAUCUUGAUGCUGAGGAGAACAUCUAUCACCUGAAGAUCAAGUCACAGGAGCUGUUUGAUGAAUGGGUGUCCAAACUACGUCAUCACCGGCUCUAUCGGCAAAAUGAGAUUGCCAUGUGUCCCAACGACAAGUCCUUCCACUUCGCCCACUACCCCUCCCCCGCAUCCUCUAGCUUUGCCGAUAGCGCUCUUAUUAGAAAGUGUGUGCCUAUACGCAGGCAGUCUUCAGCUGGAGCUUUCCCUUUUAGCUGCAACAGCCAAGCCAAGGUAACAGCCUGGCUGCAGUCAUCUGAUGACAUGGACAAGUGCUCCAAAGACUUGUCAGUUUGUGAGGCGUACCUACUUGAACUGAGCCACCUUCUUCAGAGCAUGGAGGUCCUCCAUCGUACUUAUUCUGCACCCUCCAUCCAGGCUCUUCAGGCAUCUACAUUUGACAGCCCUAAAAAAGAAAAGAGGCUUCAAAGAAAAUGGCGCAAAAACUACAACAAAGACAUCAAAACAACUCUGCAGGUUCCCAGCUGCAUCUCUGGUUCCAUCCGCCUCCAUUCCUCGAACCCCAACCUCUCCUCCGCGGCGUUGGCCAAUGACAAAGUCGACCAAGAGUCUCUGGAUUCUCCUUUUGAUGCGGCCAAGCUGCAGGAGGAUUUCUGCCGGGUUGCCACGAAUCUGCACACCACCAUGAAAUCGGCUCUGAGUUCACUAGCAUCGGAGAGGGAGCGAUUAAAACAAUGUGCGGAGCAAGACACCUGUCCGCCAACCUCCCCGCAAGUGGUCGGUUUGAAGAACGCGCUGACAACGGCUUUAGCGCAGAAUUCAGAACUGCGAGAGCGCCUCUGCAGGAUUCACGCCGAGUCUCACAUCGUAGAAUCCUCAAUAGUCAAUCUCGCUGCCCCCGUGCAGAAACAAGAGGAGCAUGCAUCCGAAUCCCGUUCUCUGGUGCAUCAAGAGUCCAAUGAAAGCAGAGCCGAGUCGCUGUCUGAAUUCUUUGACGCGCAGGAGGUUCUGUUGUCCAAUAGUUCCUCUGAAAAUGAGGUGUCAGAAGAUGACUCGUACAACAGCGACGUUAGUGACAACAACUCCAUAGACAACUUUAACAAUGAGACUGAAGAUGACAGACAAAAUUCAGGUAAUAAAUCCUUACACAUGCUCCAAAAACAGAACGAGACGUAUUAUUUUUGGGUUUGGCCAGGUUCCGUCCUCUGCCGUCGUCGAUCCCGUCUACCUUCACCCAGCCCCAGCAGCAGCGCCGUCAGCCUGUGGAACAUCCUCAGGAACAACAUCGGCAAAGACUUGUCCAAAGUGGCCAUGCCGGUGCACCUCAAUGAGCCGCUUAACACCCUGCAGAGGCUGUGUGAGGAGUUGGAGUACAGCGAGUUGCUCGAUCAGGCCGCCGACACGCAUGAUCCUUUUGAACGCAUGGUGUUCAUCGCUACAUUUGUGAUAUCGGGUUACGCAUCCAGCUACUACAGAACUGGCGGGAAGCCUUUCAAUCCCGUCCUGGGAGAGACUUAUGAAUGCCACCGGCCAGAUAAAGGUUUCCAGUUCAUUGCAGAGCAGGUCAGCCAUCAUCCACCAAUCUCGGCUUGCCAUGCAGAGUCUAAAAAUUUUGUCUUCUGGCAAGACGUGAGGUGUAAGAACAAGUUUUGGGGGAAGUCAAUGGAGAUUGUUCCUGUAGGCAGCACCCACGUAACGCUGCCUGGGUCCGGAGACCACUAUGAGUGGAACAAGGUGACAUCGUGCAUUCACAACAUCCUGAGCGGGCAGCGCUGGAUCGAACACUACGGCGAGAUCUCCAUCAGAAACUCCAACAGCGACGCCUGCCAAUGCAAGAUCACGUUUGUCAAAGCUAGAUGGAACUCGAGUGGCAACGAGGUGGAAGGAACCAUCACGGAUCAGAAGGGGAACGUGAUCCAUCGGCUCUUCGGGAAGUGGCACGAAGCCGUUUAUUGCGGGGACCCGUCCUCGGCCACGUGCGUCUGGAGAGCAAAUGUCAUGCCAGUUGAGCACGAGCAGUACUACGGUUUCACUAAGUUUGCCGUUGAGCUGAAUGAGAUGGACAAUUCCCUGAAAGAGCUGCUGCCACCCACUGACACCAGACUACGUGUGGACCAAAGACUGCUGGAGGAGGGGAAGGUCGAAGAUGCUGAGGAGCAAAAGCAAAGGAUUGAACAGCUGCAGAGAGAAAGACGACGAGUCCUUGAGGAGAGCAAUGCCGAACAUCAACCAAAAUUCUUCCGGAAGUCAAAGGAUGACUCGUGGGUGAGCAACAACACUUACUGGGAACUGAGAAGCGAUCCCGGCUUUGCACGCACGGAUUUCCCGACGUUGUGGUGACCUGAACUGAAACAUAAUUCAGUGGAAACAUCCACAUUCAGCACCGACCGUCUUUUUUUUAUCGUUGCCUUAACAACAAGUGCUUAUUUAAGUUGUGUAAACAUAUUAUGCACCCUGAGAAUGUGGAUCUAUAUAGUUGGAGAAAUGUGAAAAGGAUGACGAGUCCACCUCAUUACAAGCGCCGACUCAUUUAGAAGGUACUAAUUAACCGGUACCUCAUUAAAAAAAAAGUAUUGAAGGGCAUCUCAUCUUGUCAUUUAGACAAUCUCUACCUCAGAGAUACAGUAGCCUUGUUAUGCCAUUGAUUAACAUUAACAUCAAAUAUUUAUUCUGCACAUGCCUGAUGCCUUAUUGGUCAUUCAUUUUUAUUUGUUUGUUUUAGAUGUUUUAAAAGAAAAAAAAAACAUGUAUAGUUUGUAAGGUGCUCUGAAAAUGAAACCAAUCUGUACUGGAAGUUUGUUUUUGUUUGACAACUGUGCUAAUUAUUUGUGACUGACUGUGUGAAAUCUGUGAAUGAUGCAAACUGGAGAUGUUGUAGCAAAUAUCACACACUUAUUCAUUUGUUCACCUCAUCCGAUGCGCCUUUGGUGGUGAUGCAGGCCAAACUGUGCUGCGUCAGCUCAAAUAAAUGCUGCGAUGCUG